GUUUGAAGUAAGUUUAUUUAGUAAUUAGAAUGAUGGUGGUGUGGUUUGGCGUGUUGACACUGGUGGCUGCAGCUGAUGCUGAUGGUGUGGAAUCAUUUGCAAUAGCAGAUGCCACAUAUUGUUCAACGAAUGAAACCUUUGCCACUUGUAAAGUUGAUUGUCCAUCCGUGUACUGUCCAGUGAAUGAUGACAGAGCUAGAGUAGCUUGCGCCGUGGCCUAUCCAUGCCCGCCUGGUUGUAUCUGCAAUGCGAACUAUCGCAGACUGAGUCCAGCUGACGAUAAGUGCAUUUUGGCUUCCGACUGUCCCCCGGUGAAAUGUAAAAGACCUAACGAAAUAUGGAACUCCUGUCCGCCAAACUGCUUAGCCGAGCGGUGCGACGACAUCGGCAGGAACCAAACGAGCUGUCCCCUGCCGCAGUAUUGCGAUCCGCAGUGCGUCUGCAAGCCAGGGUUCUACAGGAAUGACAGGGACAUAUGUGUCCCCGUUGCUGAAUGCCGAAAAUGCCCUGCUAACGCUAUUUUCAAAAAGUGCCCGUCUCCCUGCCCUGCUACAUGUGACAACCCUACAGGCGACAGGCCAUGCUCUAGAGCUUGUGAAGAGUACGGCUGUGAAUGUAAACCGGGCUAUGUCCUGUUUAAAGGAAAAUGUAUAUCACUGCAGAAGUGUCCAGCUGCCAAAUCCUGCCAAAAGAACGAAACGUUUGCCGCGUGUAAAGUGAACUGUCCAACUGACUUCUGUCCAGUGAAUGACAAUAGAGCAAGUGUAGCUUGUUCAGUGGUCUAUCCGUGUCCACCUGGUUGUAUCUGCAAAGCGAACCACCGCAGACUGAGUCAAGCUGACGAUAAAUGUAUUCUGGCUUCAGAUUGUCCCCCGGUAAAAUGUAAAAGACCCAACGAGAUAUGGAACUCCUGUCCGCCAAAUUGUUUGGCCGAUAGAUGCGACGACAUCGACAGGAACCAAACGAGUUGUUCCCUGUCGCAGUAUUGCGAUCCCCAGUGCGUCUGCAAGCCAGGGUUUUACAGAAAUGACAGCGACAUUUGUGUUCCCGCUGCUGAAUGCCGAAAAUGCCCUGCUAACGCUAUUUUCAAAAAAUGCCCGUCGCCCUGUCCGGGCACAUGUGACAACCCUAGUGGCGAUAGACCGUGCGAAAGCGCAUGUCUUGAAUAUGGUUGUGAGUGUAAACCGGGUUAUGUUUUAUCUAAUGGAAAAUGUAUAUUGCUGAAGGAGUGCCCAGCUGCCAAAUUGUGUAAGAAGAACGAAACCUUCGCUGCGUGUAAAGCGGAGUGUCCGAAUAGUUAUUGUCCGGAGAAUGACAUAAGAGCGAUUAUAGCUUGUGAUCCUCCUUACCCAUGCCGAUCCGGUUGUAUCUGCCAAGCGAACCACCGGAGACUGCGUUCAAACAAUGAUAGAUGCAUUUUGGCAUCUGAUUGUCCUCCUUUAAAAUGUAAGAGACCUAAUGAAGAAUGGAAUCGUUGUCCAUCGAACUGCUUGGCCGAGAGAUGUGAAGACAUUUACAGAAAUCAAACAGAAUGUAAUAAGUCGUAUUCGUAUUGCGACCCCAAAUGUGUGUGCAAGCAAGGCUUCUACAGGAACAGCAGUGAUGUAUGUGUCCCCGCUGCGGAAUGUGGUAAGUAAGAAAACAUAUUUGAUUCUUUGAAAUAAAUAUGUUGCAAAGAA